ACACGUUCUUCUUUCCCUUGCUCGGGCCACGUUCUUCUUUCCUUUCCGUCACUCUCGUUGGCGCCUCGCCGAGUGUAUCGCACGACCGCGGGCGUGCGGCUGACAGUUUACCUCAAGAUCUCGAUCCGGUUGACGCACUGCAGGGAGUUCGGAGCUGCUCCGAACUAUUUGAAACCGUAUUCACUCCGUUUCCUGCCGACCUUUUUUUUCUCGUUAAUCGGGAUAACGUGGAACGAGCAGUGGAAGAAAUAAACUGUUCCCUUUUGGUUCGCGAAGGAGAAGUGACGAAGGAUGGAAGCGCACGUUAGAAAUAUAAACGGCAGCAUAAAUACUGCGUCAACAGAAACAUACGUUCCUACGUCAGAUACGUCCCUCACCGUCGAGGAGGAAGAUGCGAUUGUGACGUUAGUGGUCGUUGUUAUCGGCAUCAUCGUUGCCAUGGUGGUACUGUUCUCGAUAGGUAUCUUCAUAGACUGCAAACACCAAGAAAAAGAUUCCAUGAAGAGGAGAAAAUUGAGGCUGAAAAUGCCGCCGUUCGCACAAAGAGACCGGAAAGACGACGUGAAAGCCUUGGCUUCAAAUAUGUAUCCCAACGGCGCCGGUGAUACCGGUUUCAAGACGAGGGAUGCUAUAGUUUGAUGUUCGGUAGAAUUACGGAAAAUUCGCAAAAAUUACGAUACACGUCUUAUAAAGAUUCUUUAUAAAAAAUUUGAGACCUAUGAGUCUUAUAAUGAUUAGGUAUUUAAUAUUAAAAAGUGUAGAAAUGUUUUAGAACUCUCUCUCUUAGUCAUUAUUUUUAAAAAUGCUUAUUGUUUAUCAAAAAUACGUAAUUUAAUGAUUUACGUAUUUACUUCGUAAACAGAGUUAAUAAACGUGAAAUAGUGGAUACGAUGAUUUACAAUUAAAGCUAAUCCGGGCAGUAAUACACUUAUCUUUCGUAACAAAUGAUAUAUAUUUAGACAAGUAAGUUAAAUAACGCAUAAAUAAAAUAGUCAAAAUGUUAAUAAAAAAUAUGGCCU